UCGCAGGGAGCGGCUUCGGAAGAGAACGCCCCGCCGCUUCCGGAGGCGCGAAGAUGGCGGCCUGGGGCCCCGCAGGGAAGAGGCGGCGGCCGCUCCGGCUCUCCUGGCCGCUGCCGGUGCUGCUGCUGCCGCUGCUGGCGGGAGGACUCGCGGCUGCCGGGAAGAUGAAGGUGGUGGAGGAGCCCAACAGCUUCGGGCUGAACAACCCCUUCCUGCCUCCUUCCAACCGGCUCCAGCCCAAAGCGGCGCCCUCCGCCAUCUCAGGGCCUGAACAUCUUUUUAGGCUGGCGGGCAAAUGCUUUGGAUACGUGGAAUCUACGUAUAAAUACGAGUUCUGCCCAUUUUAUAACGUCACCCAACAUGAGCAAACUUUCCGAUGGAAUGCCUACAGCGGGAUUCUCGGAAUCUGGCAUGAAUGGGAAAUUGAAAACAACACUUUUGUUGGUAUGUGGAUGAGAGAAGGAGAUUCUUGUGAAACAAAAAAUAGAGAAACAAAGGUACUUCUGGUAUGUGGAAAAAACAAUAGAUUGGCUCAAGUAUCCGAACCAAGCACUUGUGUUUAUUCUCUUACAUUUGAAACUCCACUUGUUUGUCACCCACAUUCUCUUUUAGUCUAUCCAACCUUGCCUGAAGCUCUUCAGAGAAAGUGGGAUGAAGUUGAGCAGCUGCUUUAUGAUGAAUUAAUCACAAAACAGGGAUAUAAGAAAAGAUUGAGAGAGCUGUUUGAAGAAGGCUCCCUUUUAAAAUCAACAAGAGAGAAAAAAGAGAAGGACAUUCAACUUCGACAUUUGGAAUUUGACUCUGUAGAAAAGUGCAGCAAGGAAUAUAAGCGACUUUCCAAUGAUCUGCAGAAAUUGUCAGAUUUACUAACCCAGCAUGGAAUUGCAUAUGAAGCCGUCCUAUAGCUUUUUACAGUGAUUUUCCCCCUGAAAUUUCUCUGACAAUGAGAACAAUGAAUCAAUGGAAGAGCAAUGGAAAUUUCCUGGGGUUGUGGGUGCUCCAUCACUGGAGGUUUUCAAGAAAAGAUUGAAGAGCCAUUGGUCUAGGAUGGACUAGGAUCUCCCACUCGAGCAGGCAGUUGGACUAGAAGACCUCCAAGAUCCCUAACCCUAUUAUUCUACAUUCAACAGUAGCAUCUCCUUUCAAGGAGCAAUUCUACCUGCCCCGUGACUACUAUUCCCGACUGCAAUCAAUUCAGUUAUAUGAUGAGAAUUUGCAAAUCCUUGGAAGUCCCUGAAGCUUUGUCUCUCAAGGACAUCCCAGAUCUUGAUGGACCUCUUCCAAUCAAGAAGCACCCUGAGCAGCUCUGCCUGAUGGGCAAACAGGGCAGGAAGGGGCUG